GGGGGCGAAUUGGGACGGAGCCUGGGAGCAGAGCUCUUGAGAGCGGAGUCCUGAGUGAGUAGAGCGCGGAGGUAUAGCUAGGUGUUGAUUGGUUAGCUAAGCUACUCCUCUCUCGCUCUCUCUCAGUGGAAGGAAACGGGAAAUUCGCCCUGUGUGUUUGCGCAGUGUUUACCUAGUGCUUUGAGAUUUGUUAGGGGGACAACGGAGAUAUUUUUUUCCCUUCUUCUGUUUUCGAGGAGAUCUGGAGACUGCUUCUGUUUAUCUGACUGACUGAGAGCCUUCGUCGUUAUUUGGAUAGAUAGAAUAGUUAACCUAACGCUAAUACUUGACAAUGGGGUGCUUCUUCUCCAAGAAAUCCAGGAGAAAAUCUCCUGUCAAAGAGCCCGGCGUGCCCGCAGCGGAGAAGGACGCCACGGGUAAUAACGUGGCUGAAAGCGCCGCGCCGAGCGGCAACGAGCAAACAGCGCCCAAACAAUACAGCUGGGACAAACGGGAGAAGGUUGACCCCAAGGACUUCAUGCUAACUGGUGUGAAGGAUGCCACCGUGGGUCGUCUGCCAGGAAAACUGAAUGGCCAGCAGUUUGUUAUUCAGGACUGUGAGAACUGCAACAUCUUUGUGUUUGACCACUCAGCAACAGUGACCAUUGACGACUGUGUAAACUGUCGCAUAGUGCUUGGACCAGUCAAAGGCAGUGUGUUCUUCCGAGACUGCAAAGACAUUAAGUGUGUGGUGGCCUGCCAGCAGUUCCGGACAAGGGACUGCAAAAAGAUGGAUGUCUUUUUGUGUUGUGCCACUCAGCCCAUCAUUGAAUCGUCCACCAGCAUGAAGUUUGGCUGCUUCCAGUACUAUUAUCCAGAUCUGGCCUUCCACUUCAAAGAUGCAGGUCUGAGCAUCUUCAACAACAACUGGAGCAAUAUACAUGAUUUCACACCCGUCUCUGGAGAAACCAAUUGGAGUCUACUACCAGAGGAUGCUGCGGUGUUGGAGUAUGUGCCUCUACCUGACUCUGAGUCAGAGUUUAAGUCUGUACGUAUCUCUACUGAAGUAAAUCGGAGUAUUGUGCCCAUGACCAAAGGUGGGAGGCGUAAGGAGAGUGAGGAGUCCUGCCUGUUUGUGUUCUUUGCUGGAGACUACACCACAGCCAACGCUCGCAAGCUUAUUGACGAGACAACUGCCAAAGGUUAUACACUCAUCCAAACCAAAGAAGUCUCCAUGCGUCCAGAAGACGUGAACAGAGUGUUCCAGAACAAUGCUGAGGGUCUGACUGAGUGGACCUCAAAUGGUCCUGUUGUAGCCCUUGAGCUAAAUGGAGAUGGUGUGGUGGAGGCCUGCAGAAGCAUUGCCAAUGAGAUUUUUAAUGGAACAAAGGUCUUCGUUUCUGAGAAUAAAUCUUCAGCUUCUCGGGACGUUGACAACUUUUUCAACUUUGCUGACAUGCAGAUGGGAUUGUAAAUCGAAUGAAAGAAAAAACGUUUUAUACAUUUUGUACUUCCAGUAUUGUGAGUUAGAAUGAGGGUUUUUUUCCUAAUCUAGUAAUGAGAUGAGAUGAAAUGGGUGUAGUUAUUGACAUCUCUCAUGUUGAAGGGUGUUUAAUCUAUUUACACUUACUCGAGUAAUUAGUGCUGCUAAAAAUAUUUUUUGAGGAUUAGAACAUUUUUAUGCUGUUAAUGCCAUUUUACUGUGUUUGUACACAGUUGCGUGCAAAAUUUGUAGAGGCAGUGAAAAUCUAAAACAGAUGAAUCUGGAGAGUUCAGACUCUAAAUAAAGAAUACUGUGGCCAUUGUCAAUCAUGCUGAAAAUAAUAACUUAAUGUAUUUAUUUAUGUGUUUUUAGAAAUGUAAAACUGGAAAUAGUGUGUUCCGUUUGUUGGUAUGCAUUUCCUAUACAUGUUUGUAGCCUGUCAAUGUGUCUGUGUGUGUGUAUAUAUAGGCCUAGAUGUGGACAAUGUAAAGUCUGAAAUCAGAAUGAUUUAUAAUAUUCCUAAUAUUUGAGAGCCUAUAUUUCUUUAUGAAAUACUGUUUGUUUAAUUUUUUUUUGAUCAUUUAUGCUCAGUCAGAAUGAGAAUGUCAGAAUGUCUGUUAUUUAUGAAAUGCUUUGAAAGGAAUAUCAAAAGGUAAUUUCACAGUAAUUAGAUCUACAGUAAUUGAAUGUACUGCUCAGAGGAGUUCACUGUUUGUUUGCUGUUUUUAUAUGAAUGUUUUAAUGAGCCCAGUUUUAGUCCUGUGACCAAAAACAAUCAUUUUUAUUUGUACAAAUGAGAGAAAUGCCUCACAAUGUACUUUUAUACGUUUGAAUCAUUCUUAUUUGUAUAUGGCAGUUUUGUAGAAAUGAAUGUAAACUGUAAUUUAUCAAUAUAUUAAUUUGUUUAAA